CAAAGUGGUUUUAAAAAAACUAUAAAUUUACUCAAACACUGAAAAAAGCACGCGGAAAACUUGCAGAAGACCACAUAGAAUUAUCUCUAAAAAGCGCUCCACGAUGCCAUAAAUAUUAAACAUAUUUAAAAAAUUUUUAAGCAAAAUAAUUACAAUAUAAUGUCAAAUGAGAAUUAUACAAAUAUAUUUAUCGCUUUUUUUUUUUUUUUUAAAUGUUAUGUUCAUUUAAAUGUAUUUAACUUUCUACACCACUCCAAUUUCGUCUAUAUGGCAAUCAGAGUGUGGCAAUUUCAUUUUGUUCCCUCCUGAUAAUGCCUACACUUUUAAUACAAUUGAAAAGUCUCACACCAAGGACUGGUUUCCAAGGAUCAAUUUUAAAGAAUAUUUGUGUUACCCAUCGAGUGGCACAAAAUUCAACAUUCGAAAUCCAACGAAUUGGAAGCAAUUUAUGGGAGAUUGUAAGAAAAUACUAAUGCGUCGAGUUUUGAGUGAUUCCGAGGCGCCGAGCAACAAAUCUAAACCGUCGGAGAAACAAGCAACUAACACAUUCAAAAAGCUUUUAGUGAAAAGUGGAAUAUAAGUUGUUGACAGAAAAUUGCCAUCUGAAAUCAACAUUUUUGACCAAGAUGCUCCUACCAGUCAAUCUCGAUCUUUGAAGCGCAAGUUUUUUGAUGAGGUGAUGUCUUCUGCUGACGGAACCGAAGUAUAAGAAGCUGGCGAAUAAAUUGGCAGAAAAAGAUCCCAAAGAUUUGAAAAAAUUGCUUGAGAAAACAGAAUUGAGAAUGCAGCAGACCAUAAAAAUGAAAACUCCCCCAGUAUCAGCGAAACAAAUAUUGGCUUCUGUUAUAUCUUACAAAUCAGACAAACGAUGAAACAAAUUAACUUAUUUCCGAAAGAUAUGGUUAGAAAUUACAAAAGGAAGACAAAAAGAGGAAGUUAUGGAGCAGAAGGUUUAAAACGGGCUUUAGAUUCAGUAAAAAAUGGUAUGUCUUUGCGUAAAGCUGAAAACAGUUUUGGAGUUUCAAGGAAGACAUUGAGAAGGCAUUUGCAGGGCAAAGUAAGACAAGUUGGAAACAAUAAAUUAGGAAAUCAUGUGAAUACUUUUUCUAUUGAAAUUGAACAAGAUCUUGUUAAACACAUCCAAAUGAUGGAAAGAGCAUUAUUAGCUAGAAACGAAACAAGUGAACCUACGAAUACAAAUGAAGAAGCCGGCAAUGCGGUGAAUGAUGAAGCAUCGGUUAAUGUGAUGGAGACUGAUAGGAUUGCAACAGGAGAUAGCAAUGAGUCCGAUGAAAAUCAACUAGAUAAAACAGCUGAUCAUCCUGGUUUAUCCGAAGCAUUGCAGAUUAUAUCAGAACUAAGCCCUAUUCCAAGGAUAAAGAAUGUACGCAGUCGCAAACGAAAAACCGAAGCAGCAACUGUAAUAACUUCUAGUCCUUAUAAAGCAAUGUUAAUUGAAGCAAAUGCAAAGAAGACAAAACAGAACAAGCAAGUAGUAGUUGAAAAUAAUAAUGAGGAAAAUGAUAAAGACGAAAUCGAUGUAAUCGCAGACAAAUCCAAGAGAACGAAAAGUGAAGAUGACAAAGAAACCGGGAAAAGGAAGCAAUAUGCGAGAACAAAAUCAAAAAGGACAAUCAAAAGUAACGCAUCGAAUGCUAACGUGAUAAGAAAAGGGUCAAAAGAACGAAGAUGUGUAGGUUCUGUUACUAACAGUGAUGAUACGCCAUGUUGCAUGUGUGGUAAAAGAUUUAACGAACCACCCAUUGAUGACUGGCAGCAAUGCCCAGAAUGUCUCAACUGGUACCACGACGGCUGUGGUCCUGAUGACACUGCUGUCUGCUUUCACUGCCAAUAGGCAUAAUCAAUUCAACUAGUCUUACUGUAGUUUUUUAGCUGUCUUUUUAGCUGUAUGAAUUAGUUUUUUAGCUGUC